GCGGCAGCGGUCGGCAGUGCAGCUCGUAAGCGUCGCUUCGCGUGAGCUGCGGGAUCCAUAUGCUCAUCAAAGCCAGGCUUAGCAGAGCUAUGGGAACUUCACCAAACCUGCUGCUCGGAGUCUGAACCCCACCAGCAACAGAUUGCCUUUAAACCAAACUUAAAUAAAAAAGACCCAGACAGCUCGGCCGGAAAAAGCGUCGUCAACUCUGGAAGCAGCAGCAGCCAUGGACUCGAGAGACACAGCCCCGGAUUCAUGGGAGCUGGAGGAGGAUGGCGAGGCCCCGGCUCCCGCGGCGGAGCUCCAGACUGCCUUCGCCGGCCUCAACAUCAACGCCAAGCCGUUCGUCCCUAACGUCAACGCCCCGGAGUUUGUACCGAGCUUCCUUCAAGCCAGCGCCGCGGAAAUGCCGGCCUCUGACGGUUCCCCCGACCCCGCUGCUAGCAUGGAGGUGGCGGACGCAGCCGCCCCGGUGGAGAACGGAAACUCCGAGGCGGACAUGACCACGGAGGAGGAGACGUGGGAGCAGAAGGAGGAGCCCGGGGGAGGCGAGGGCGGCGGAGGCCAGGAGGACCUGGGCACGGACAGGCCCUGCGGGGAGGGAGGCGCGGCGGGGAGAGAAGACGAGGAGAUGAUGAUGAUGGAGGAGGAAGAGGAGGAGAUGCCCGUACCAAAGGUGGCGCCUCCGCCGCCCGACGCGCCCAAGAAGGAGCACGUGAACGUGGUCUUCAUCGGUCAUGUGGAUGCUGGAAAGUCGACCAUUGGAGGACAAAUCAUGUACCUAACUGGAAUGGUGGACAAGCGGACUCUGGAAAAAUACGAACGAGAAGCAAAAGAAAAGAACCGGGAGACUUGGUACCUGUCGUGGGCUCUGGACACCAACCAGGAGGAGCGGGACAAGGGGAAGACGGUGGAGGUCGGGAGAGCCUACUUUGAGACGGAGAAGAAGCACUUCACCAUCCUGGAUGCGCCCGGGCACAAGAGCUUCGUCCCCAACAUGAUCGGAGGGGCGUCUCAGGCCGACCUGGCGGUCUUGGUGAUCUCGGCGAGGAAGGGGGAGUUUGAGACCGGAUUUGAGAAGGGCGGCCAGACGCGAGAACACGCCAUGCUGGCUAAAACCGCGGGAGUCAAACAUCUCAUUGUCCUCGUCAACAAGAUGGACGACCCCACCGUCAACUGGAGCCUAGACAGGUAUGAGGAGUGCAAAGAGAAGCUGGUGCCAUUUCUGAAGAAGGUGGGCUUCAACCCCAAGAAGGACAUCCACUUUAUGCCUUGCUCCGGCCUCACAGGUGCCAACCUCAAAGACCCCGUGCCUGAAUGCCUCUGGUACACGGGUUUGCCAUUCAUCCCCCACCUGGACAGUUUGCCAAACUACAACAGAUCCAGCGACGGACCCGUCAGACUCCCCAUCGUAGACAAAUACAAGGACAUGGGCACGGUCAUCCUGGGGAAGCUGGAGUCGGGCUCCAUCAGUAAAGCCCAGCAGCUGGUCAUGAUGCCGAACAGGCACACGGUGGAGGUGCUGAGCCUCCUCAGCGACGACGUGGAGACGGACGACGCCACUCCAGGAGAGAACCUGAAGCUGAGGCUGAAGGGCAUCGAGGAGGAGGAGAUCCUCCCCGGCUUCAUCCUCUGCAGCCCCGACAACCUCUGCCACUCCGGCCGCACCUUCGAUGCGCAGAUUGUCAUCAUCGAGCACAAGUCCAUCAUUUGUCCCGGGUACAACGCGGUCCUUCACAUCCACACCUGCAUCGAAGAAGUUCAGAUCACAGCCUUAAUCUGUCUGGUUGACAAAAAGACGGGAGACAAGAGCAAAACGCGACCUCGCUUCGUCAAGCAGGACCAGGUGUGCAUCGCCAGGCUGCGGGCGGCGGGAGUCAUCUGCUUAGAGACUUUCAAAGACUUCCCUCAGAUGGGGAGAUUCACGCUGCGAGACGAAGGCAAGACCAUCGCCAUCGGCAAAGUGCUGAAGCUGGUGCCGGAAAAGGACUAAAAGCAGGCGCGGCAGCAUGCAUGGAGUUCUUCCACUCGUUUAUCAGAGGAGAAACGCUGCCAGAGCCGACCCAAUCAGCUGCUCUCUCUUUACACACGACUCUGCCGAAGAGGAGAACAACAGGAAGGAGCCGAGACGGGGGACAACGUCACAUCCACCGAAAAACAUCGAGACUGAAUCAGUUUUUAUGAUGAACAAUGUGAAACGAGAGACCAAGCCCAGAGUGUCAGCUUUCUCAUAUUGAGAGCUCAGCGAUGCCACUAAUGUAGCUCCACGCGCCCCCUCUGUACCCCAGGCUCUGCUGUGCUGUUGGCUGGCGAUGCUCUGUGUUUGUUUGUUUUUUUAGGACGGAGACGCAGCGCUAAAGGAGACGCAAAUUCUAACCAUUCAAAGUUCACCUCCCUUUGUGACAGAGGAGUCGGGGCUCCGAGCGAUUCGGUUUUUAAGGUUUGCUGUAUCGGGAUUUUUAGUUUUGACUUUGGUCUCUCCUCCACCUGAGAAAGGCAUCAUUGGACUGACCAUACAUUCAGUGUGACUCUGAUGAUCCAAGGAGAAACUCACACAGGCAGACACAUCGCUGUUACAUAAUCCAAACGGAAAAUAAAAGAUCAUGACCCAA